AUGACAGCAUGCAUCACUUGCGUCUUUUCAAUACUUUUCAUUUCAUCGCUGAUUCUUGCGGGUGAGACGCAAGCGAACUUCUACGGUCUUAAGGAUACUAAUCAGACUGUGAAUCUUCGCAAUAGGACGAACACUUCACUGAAGAAACCAUUAAUUCAUCCAGACUCUCAAGAGUUUGAAAUUUUAGAUCCGAAUUUUCUCGUCAAUCGCAGUUACGAAAUUCGAAAGAGUCGCUCUAAAAAAAAACGGCAAGCUGCUCACGGGACAAAAACGUCGCAUCAAAAACAUCACAGAUCUUCGAACAAACAAAAUAAAUUAAAAUCUAAUUUACAUCAUGGUGACAAUAGUGACGUGAAGAUAUACGAAACUUUUGAAGAAAUACACGAGCACAUCAAUGAGCCGGAUGAAAACGAUACACAGUUCGAACUUUCUAAUCGUUCUGAGCAUGAACAUGAUCAUGAACAGGAACAUAAGCAUGAGCACGACAAAUCUACGGGUAAAAUAGAGAGCGCUGAGGAAGAAAAGGAGAAUAAGCACGUUAAAAUCAAAGUGAAGCAUCAUCAUCACCACCAUCAUCAUAAUCAUAUAAAGGAGGUUGUAAAAUCUGUGCCGAAACCGUAUCCCGUUGAAAAGAUAGUACACAUUCCGAUUGAGAAAAUUGUUGAAAAAAUUGUGCAUGUUCCAAAAUUUGUGAACGUUACGGUGGAGAAAAUUAUACAUGUGCCUGUGGAAAAGAUCGUUGAGAAAAUAAUUCGAGUUCCGAAACCAGUUCACAUACCCAAACCAUAUAUGAUUGAAAAAAUUAUGGAAAAAAUUAUACAUGUACCCAAACCAUAUCCUGUUCUUAAAACUGUUCCAUAUCCGGUAGAAAUUAAAGUACCGGUACCAUAUGAAAAAAAAAUUCCAGUUCCUUAUACAGUGGAGGUUGAACGAAAAGUGCCAGUUUACAUUAGCUCACAAGAGCCCUAUAAGUACGAGCAUACCUAUUCCAGCCCCUACACAGAGAAACACAUGCCAAAAUUCGCUUCUGAAACUGAAGAAACAUCUCAUUUUCCAACUUAUUAUUCGGAAAAAUAUAAUUUCAAUAAGCCAAAUCCAAUCAGACAAAGUUAUAUUGAACCUACCGAAAAUUACAGUUUUAAUAAACCAAUCCCAUUUAAACACACCGAAAUACCUAGGACGACGGAAUACCAAACAAACGUUGAGCCAGCAGAGAACUACAAUCUGUUCGAUUUUGUGAAGGAAUUAAGGAGUCAAUCAUUUCCGGAAUAG